CGGCACAGGCGCUGCAGAUGCUGAGCACUGCCUACACGGCGCUAUUGACGAAGCAGCACCACAUACGUAAUCAGUCGAGCCAUAUAAUCACCCUCAGUUCGUCUGCGCAGUCGCUGUCGCAUCUAUGACUCGCACACCAUGUGCUCUCUCAUUUGCUGAGUGCCAAUAAAAACCGGCCAUGAGGCGGUGGGCCGCAAGCGUACUGCUACUGCUCCUGGCCAGCCCGACGCGCCCGCUCGACGUCGGUCGCCGCGACUUCCUGACCACAAUAAGCGCGGCCACGCAAUCACAGACGUGGACGCCGACCGCGUUGGAGAAGCUAACCCUUGCAAGUGCCGCCCAACUCGAUCAGCUACCAUUCGCGCGCUAUCCCGACCCGAUACUACGGCUCGAAGCGAAGCCGGUCCGGCGCUUCGACGCCGCGCUCGCGAAGACGGUCGCGCUGCUGCGCGCGGCGGCGCGGCGCCACGGCGCGCAGGGCCUGGCGGCGACGCAGUGCGGCGUCGACGCGGCGAUUGUAUUACUCGGCGACGAGGCCUUCGUGAACCCCCGCAUCGUCGAGCGGUCGCCCGAGGCCCGUCUACGAUGCUGGACGGAGCGGUGCCUCGCGCUGCCGCCGGACGUCCGCGUGGAGACGCUCCGCGACGAGACGUUGACAGUCGCGGCCACCACGGCCGCGGGCGUUCCCUUCACGACGACGCUGACCGGCGCGGCGGCGCGCCAGUUCUCCCACGAGUACGACCACGCGCGGGGCGUCCUCAUCAUCGACCACGCCUACGAUGCUGUUGCGUCGACGGCGUUCCCGGCCAUGGCGCGGCUCGAGGAGCCGUUCCACACGGAGCGACGACGGCGCGCCUGGGACCGAGCCUAACGUUGUAUGUGUUG